AUGCCACCCCGUCCACACCUCGCUCCCUCGUCCCUCUUGGCGCCAUACCGACCGCAUCGCCCCUGGCGCCGCCACCCGUCGCCCGAAGCCGUCCCCGGCGCCACCGGACCUCGUCACCACGCCGGAGCGUUGUCCCCGUCCUCCUCCCCAAGCCCCGCUGCCAUUACCCCACGUCCGCCGGUGAGACGCCACGCCUCCCCUCUCCCCCUGUCGGACGCCGUCUGCCGCGCCCGACCGCGCCGUUGCACGGGCCAAGCCCCGCUCGCCGCUGCCCUCCCGGCCUGCGCCCACACGCUGGCCUCGCCGGCCUCGCCUCGCCUCGUGCAUCACCACCGCUGCUGCCCCGGGGACGCGGCCCCUCCCCGCGCCGCGGCCUGGCCGAGCGCCCGCGCCCCCGGCAUUCCUCGUCUCGCUCUGCCGUGGCCUUCCGCCGCCGCGCGCCGCCCGGUUCUCUCUGCAGCGCCUACUCCUUCAGCCCGCGCUAGGUCGCACCCGGCCCGUUGUCGCGCUCCUCCCCCCGCACGCAGAAGCCGCGCCGGCACCAACUGCGCCGCUUCCCCCGGUGUGAGCCGCCCUGUGCACACCGCCGCCCCGCUCCGGCCUCCCUCGCCGCGGCCCGCAUCGCCGCGCCCGCACCAGCCACGGCCGCCGCCGCUUUGCUCGCCGGCGUGCCCGUUCGGGCGACGCCGCGCCUGGCGCUCGCGCCCAUCGGGCCCCCACGGCCUCGCCCGAUAG